CUGGCCUAACGCCUGCGCGAAAAAACCUCAAAACGCGUUCUUACCAGUUGAACAUUCGACCAUUUUUUGUUGUUUACGUUUGCACCGCGAAUAUUCGUGCACCUGCACUCGCAAUUUGUUCUGUGUGCCAGCGGCGCUUCUUCGCCGGCCAGUUGCUACACACUCCACGAUCGAGCGGCCACACAUUCCCCACAGCGGACGAGCUGCUGGACUCCAGUUGGGUUUCGAUUUUCGUUUCUGGCCGGGCGCCUUUGAUCUUCGUCGGCAUCUCCGAGCGACGAAAGUGGUUCUUUUGUUCUGCUUUCUGGCCGCCUCUUCUUCUCCUCCUCCUCCUCUUCUUCUUGUUCUGUUUGUGGCCACCUAGACACGUCAACAGAUUGGGGAACUGGUUAACUGGAGCAGCUUCGAGAUGCGCGUGAGCACCAUCCGCAGCGGUCGGAUCUGCCGGCUGGCUUUGUGCCUCCUGGUGCUGCUGCCGCUGCUCUAUCUGCUGGCCAACUGGAGCGAUCACCACAAGCGGGUCCAGGAGGCGUACCACACGCGCUUCGGCGGCCCCAAGUUCGCCCACCAGCGGCUGGAGGGGCGACCAAGGGAGGUGCCCAAGCUGGUCGAGGGUCUGGGCAACUUCGAGCCAAAAGAUGUGAAGCCACGUAGCGGACCCGGCGAGAACGGAGAGGCCCACAGCCUGUCGCCCGACAAGAAGCACAUGUCGGACGCCUCCGAGAUGGAGUACGGCAUGAACAUCGCCUGCUCCGACGAGAUAUCGAUGCACCGAUCGGUGCGGGACACGCGCCUGGAGGAGUGCCGCCACUGGGACUACCCCUUCGAUCUGCCCAGCACCAGCGUCAUCAUUGUCUUCCACAACGAGGGCUUCUCGGUGCUGAUGCGCACCGUCCACUCGGUCAUCGACCGCUCGCCCACGCACAUGCUGCACGAGAUCAUCCUCGUGGACGACUUCUCCGACAAGGAGAACCUGCGCACCCAGCUGGACGAGUAUGUGCUGCAGUUCAAGGGACUGGUCAAGGUGAUUAGGAACAAGGAGCGCGAGGGUCUCAUCCGAACGCGUUCCAGAGGAGCCAUGGAGGCCACAGGCGAGGUGAUCGUCUUCCUGGACGCCCAUUGCGAAGUGAACACCAACUGGCUGCCGCCGAUGCUGGCGCCCAUUUACCGGGAUCGCACUGUGAUGACCGUGCCGAUCAUCGAUGGCAUCGACCACAAAAACUUCGAGUAUCGUCCGGUUUACGGAACGGACAACCACUUCCGCGGCAUCUUCGAGUGGGGCAUGCUGUACAAGGAGAACGAGGUGCCGCGCCGCGAACAGCGCCGCCGUCCGCACAACUCGGAGCCCUACCGCAGUCCCACCCACGCCGGCGGCCUGUUCGCCAUCAAUAGGGAAUACUUCCUGGAGCUGGGCGCCUACGAUCCCGGUCUGCUGGUCUGGGGCGGCGAGAACUUCGAGCUGAGCUUCAAGAUCUGGCAGUGCGGCGGCAGCAUCGAGUGGGUGCCCUGCUCGCGCGUCGGCCACGUCUAUCGCGGCUUCAUGCCCUACAAUUUCGGCAAGCUGGCCAGCAAGAAGAAGGGCCCACUGAUCACUAUCAACUACAAGCGCGUCAUCGAGACGUGGUUCGAUGACACGCACAAGGAGUACUUCUAUACGCGCGAACCGCUGGCCCGCUAUCUGGAUAUGGGCGACAUUAGCGAGCAGCUGGCUCUGAAGAAGCGGCUGAACUGCAAGAGCUUCCAGUGGUUCAUGGACCACAUUGCCUACGACGUCUACGACAAGUUCCCAGGCCUGCCGGCCAAUCUGCACUGGGGUGAGCUGCGCUCGGUGGCCUCGGACGGAUGUCUGGACUCCAUGGGUCACCAGCCGCCCGCCAUAAUGGGCCUAACCUACUGCCAUGGCGGAGGAAACAACCAACUGGUCAGGCUCAAUGCCGCUGGACAAUUGGGCGUGGGCGAGCGCUGCGUGGAGGCCGAUCGGCAGGGCAUCAAGCUGGCCGUGUGUCGCCUGGGAACAGUUGACGGCCCUUGGCAGUACAAUGAGCACACGAAGCACCUGAUGCACCGCGUCCACAAGAAAUGCAUGGCCCUGCAUCCGGCCACCCAGCAAUUGUCUUUGGGCCACUGCGAUGUCAACGAUAGCUACCAGCAGUGGUGGUUCAAGGAGAUACGCCCGCGCUGGUAAGUCCAGCGAGGAAGAUGCAGCAGCAGGAGGAUCGAAGGAUGGAUCACAAGGGUUUCAGCCGGGGCAAAAUAAGGGGGCGAUAUUUUAGACAAAAGCAAUUUAGUGAAAAUGAGAAAUGGAAUUGUUGUUGGUUUUGUAACGCAAACAAGUAUAUACACAAACGAAAGAAGAAAAAGAAAAAACAAACAUGAUAAAUAACACAUAAGCAUUUAUGUAACGCACUGUACAAAUGCACUGUUGGCACAUGGAAAUCCUCUAAGUGAAUCUAGGGUCCAGGCCAGGGCAUCGAAUGCUGGGUGGACAAAUCUGCGACGAUAUUAUUAAAGCUUAGGCGCUCCGAUUUUGUGCAACAAUUUCGUAAAGACCUUUUUUUUGGAUUGUAAAUCUCAAAAUUUGAUUUACUGUAUUAUGUUAGGCGAAUUGCUUUUAGACUAUAUUUGUAAGUGCUUUCACAGAUAUUACCAGUAAUAUAAAUGUGCAAUUUUUUAAAUCGAUUUGUGUGUUCAAAGAAUGUUUUGUAAUAGCAUUUUAAAGGAUUGAAUUAAAAUGAUCAAAAGUCACUUAGUGUAGAAUAAAAAUCAUCACAAUUGGUUAUCAUCACAUGGUUAUUGCCGAAUCUCAUACAAUAGUUAUUCCAAUGAUUAUUAGGAUCCCAGCUUGGGGGAUUUCCAUGCCGGCCCUGUGUGUCUUUGCGAUUGAGUGAGAGAAUGCGAUAGAGAUAGAGAACGGGAGCGAAAUAGAAAGAGAUGGCGUAUCGAGUGCAAUAGAGGAUUUAUGGAUUUACGGAACGCGAUAGAUUGUUUUGCUUUAUGAUUGCCAACACGAAUUAAUGUACUAACCUUAGUCUGUACUUCUGUAACUCUGUAACUCCAACUAACCUUAGCUUAGUUCCGAUGCUGCCACAUUCCAAUCUAAUCGAUUAUAACCCAAUCAAAUCCGAACCGAACCGAUCGAGUCUGCAGCCAAGCUCGGCUCCUUAACUUUUUACGUAACAUUUUCUGUUCGAUUUCUUGCGAUUUCCGCUAAGCUCUCUGUCGUAAUCGUAAUUGAGAUCGUUGCAAGUGCUUCGGGAGUUUGAUUUUUGAAAACAAUAUUUUACAUUCAUGUGUAACUUUAGAGUUAUCGAUAAGUCUGAAUAAUAGCAUAGAAAUAAACAAGUUUUCUAAACACUUUACCUUGUAAA